UUCCAACAUGGAUACCGCUAACGUUAAGGUGAUUGUAAUGCGUAGAAAAUACGAAAGUGAAGACUCGUCAAGUUCUGAUGAUGAGUGGGAAUUUGUGCUACCUAAAUGUAAAAGGAAGAAGCGUACACUUCGUCCGCGAAUUCCCAAUUACGGCUAUAUUAUCGACCGCUUUGCGGAUUAUGAAUUCAACAGUCCCUUUAGCAUGGAGACGGAGGAACUUGAAAUUGAAAGAAAAACAAUAAAUGACGCAGAUGUAAUUGAAAGUGGACGAAGAAUUUUUGACCUACACUCCUUAAUUCAACACCUUUCAAAAUUUGGUAACCAUGAAUCGGUAUACGGAUGUUCAGCAAACAACAUGAAAUUUGUGAAGGAAGUAAGAAGGAGACUUUCAACAGAUUUACACUUCAAAUGUGAUAUGUGCCAAAGCAAUGAGAAAAUAUCAUCUGAUCCGAACGGCAAUAAUAACAUGGACAUAAAUGCAAACAUGGUAAUGUUAACAUUCUUAGAUCAGAAUUAUUUAUAAAUGUACUA